AAAAAGUUUUACUUUAAGGACAAAAACGGAAAAACUUUUGGGUUUCAUGAUAUAUUUCAUACUAUUGUACAGAAAAUUAAAAAAAAAAUCAAUACUUUAUGGCAUAACCUUUAUUCCUUAUAACCUCAGCACAUCGUCUUGGCCAUCACCAUGGAUUUAAGAAGAAUGUGAAUAGCAUCUUCAGAAAUCCCAUUAGAAUUUGAUUGUCUAACUUUUUUCUUUAUCCCACAAGUUCUCAAUAGGAUUCAGGUCCGGACUUUGAGCUGGCCACUUCAAAACCCCAAUUUAUGAAGUUUUUUACAAUUAUGGAUGCGUGCUUCGGAUCGUUGUCAAGUCCAAAUUAACGGUAAAUUAUCUUCAGUAUAUGAGUGCAUAAUAUUUCCUAAGAUGUUUAAAUAAUAUUGGCCAGUCACGAUGCCUUCUAUCUUUACUAGUAGGCCAACACCUUUUCCAGAAAAACAUCCCUAUACCAUGAUAUUACCACCUCCAUGUUUUAUUGUAGGCUUAUAACGUUAACUUAUUAAGUCAAACGCGCUUGUCUAUUUUUCAUUGAGAUAUAAGGUUUUUCCACUGGUCUUUUGGCUCUUAAGUUUUCAGCGCAUAAACGUCUUCGAGUAGAUCGAACUGACAGAGAUAGGGUUGGAUAAGCUUUUUUUAUAUCUUCAGCAAAAGUAAAUGGAUUUGAUAGCUUGUCAGUUGUAGAUGUAGUUUUUAGGUCUACCUGGUUUAUCGAAUAAUAGCAGUAGUGCCUCUAGUUUGCCACAAUUUAAUAUGUUUACAAACAAUUUUAUGUAGAUUUAGUUUUUUAGCAAUUGUCACUUGUUUAAUUCCGGCAUUGUGCUUCUCAAUUAUAAGUUCUUUUAUUUGAACUGAUAAAUUUACACCUCGAGGCAUUCUGGUAAGCAAUUGAGCUUAUCAAAAAUUAAAAACGAACUGAUCUGAACAAGAACUAUUCAGUUAAUCCCGUGCAUACAAAAAGUUUCUCCAUUUAUGUCCUCAUAAAAAAAGACUUUGCGUUAAUUACUCACAUCUUUCGAAAAAUCUGGAUGUUUUGUAUAUAUUUAUUGCUCAGGCUAAGAUAAACAUUUUUAGUACAUAGUCGCUCAAAAAUAUUAAAUACCUUGUAUUAUUAGAAAAUAAAUUAAAAGUUUGUCAAUUUUUAGCCGGCACUGUACACUACAGGAUAUGGAAUUUAUGAACAAGGUGAGCCUGAAGAAAAAUAAGACCGUGUUUUGGGCAGAUGAUAUCAAGGAAUAUCGGGUCUUUCUAUGCAGGGGGGGGCAAUGAGAGAGAAGGAGAAAGAGAGAGAGAAGAAGGCAGGAAACACCAAAAGAAUUUCUCUAUAAUUAAGCCCAGAUCAAAUUGCACAAUGUCAAAAAUGACAAGGCUGCAGGAUCUUAGACUCUUCAAAGAGCCAUAUAUUGCGUUGUUUUGUUGCGCGACCGGUUCAAUACUGACAGAAACUGAGAAAUAUUAUCACCGAGGAAGAAAAGUGGAAAGGAGAGGCAGACUUCAUGCGCACGAAUCUAUUCGCCAUCAUCAGAAAGAGAUUUUGCACGUCUGGAUUUGAUUACAUCUUUAAAGUUCGACGAAGACCUCAAUCAAAAGGAAAAUACAGAAUAAGAUAUAUUUGUUCGCAAAUAUUGUAAUUUCAAAAAUUAACACUGUCUAAGUCUGAAAAAAUACAAACCUUUAUAAAAUUUUCC